UGGAACACACUUCCUCAACCCGGAAUAAGCACUCCCUACUCCCCGAAGAUGGCCGGGGUGUUUGAGGUGGAGGUUGAUGGUGUAGAACACGAUCAUGGACUGGGACAUCACGAUGAACCAAAUCAGAUUGACUUGUCCCAGCUUUCACCAGAGGAGAAGUGGAGGAUGGAGCAUGCCAGGAUGCAUGCCAAACACAAGGGGCAUGAGGCCAUGCAUGCAGAGAUGGUGCUGAUUCUGAUUGUCACUCUGGUUGUCGCCCAACUGGUCCUUGUCCAAUGGAAACAGAGGCACCCCAAGUCCUACAACCUGGUGACCCUGUUCCAGAUGUGGGUGGUCCCUCUCUACUUCACCACCAAACUGCAUUGGUGGAGGUUCCUGGUAACGUGGUUCAUCUUCUCCGUGGUCACAGCCUUCGUUUCCUUCCGUGCCACACGCAAGCCCCUGGACUGCACCACUCCCAGGCUUGUCUACAAGUGGUUCCUUCUCCUGUACAAGAUCAGCUACGCCACCGGGAUCGUUGGCUACACCGUCGUCAUGUUUACGCUUUUUGGUCUCAACUUGAUAUUUAGAAUAAAGCCGGAAGAUGCGAUGGACUUUGGUGUUUCUUUACUGUUCUACGGUCUGUACUACGGGGUGCUGGGCAGGGACUUUGCAGAAAUGUGUGCAGACUUCAUGGCCUCCACAGUCGGAUACUACAGUGCUUCGGGCAUGCCCACCAAACACCUGUCAGACAGCAUCUGUGCUGUCUGUGGCCAGCCCAUCCUUGUCGACGUUAGCGAAGAGGGAAUCAUCGAGAACACCUACAGACUAUCUUGCAACCAUGUUUUUCAUGAGUUCUGCAUACGAGGAUGGUGCAUCGUCGGAAAGAAACAGACCUGUCCGUACUGCAAGGAGAAGGUGGACCUCAAGAGGAUGUUCAGUAACCCCUGGGAGAGGCCACAUGUCAUGUAUGGUCAACUUCUGGACUGGCUACGCUACCUUGUCGCAUGGCAACCGGUCAUCAUUGGACUUGUGCAAGGCAUCAACUACAUUUUGGGCUUGGAGUGACCUGGUGCUGUGAAGGAGAAGGACACACAAGCCCCCUGAUGAAGAGACUGCACCAGCCUGGAAAACAGGGGGACACCCCCCCCCCCCCCCCCUCCGACAAU